UAUUUGGGGUAAAGUAAAAGCCACCAAACUUUAUCUACCGUUUCGAAUUAUGUGUUUAUUAUACUAAACAAGAAUGUGGAAUAUUGUUUAUUCUGGUGGAUACGAACACCAGAACGGGUCAUUUGAGAAUAUUAAUAAGACAUACCGUCGCUCCUCCUCCUCCACUCCCCACUCCAGCCUUGUCUCUCCCAGCUCAAGAUGGCGCAGCAGUUUGUUCAGGCCAAAAUCAAAGGCGACAAAGUGGUCGUCUUCAUUAAGCCCACAUGUUCGUACUGUAUCAUGGCCAGGGAUGUUUUGUCCAAGUACCAGUUCAAGCCGGGACAUUUGGAGUGUGUUGAUAUCAGCACGCACAAAGACAUGGGGAGCAUGCAGGACUACUUCCUGGAACUGACCGGAGCUCGCACGGUCCCACGCGUGUUCAUCGGGGAGGAGUGUGUCGGAGGUGGCAGCGAUGUGGCAGCGCUGCAUGACAGUGGAAAACUGAAGGGAAUGCUGCAAUCCAUUGGGGCCUUGCAGUGACCUUUGCUGGACCAGCAGGUGACGUCACAUGACGAUACAGCGAGACUUGCGUAAUUUACGCCGCCGCUGCUGAUACUCGCUGAGCUCCUGUAAAUAUCCUCUGGAUGGCCAACGUAGCCUCUCCACCUGCUCCCGCUCCUCCUCUGGAACACACAUACAUAGUACACACAUACAUAGUACAUGUAUAACUUUCCUGUACUGUAUACAAUCUCACAUCUUCAAUGCUGGAAUGGAAGUUGUUUACUCUAUUGUGCUUGACCUUUGGCCUUUCUCUUGUGCCCUUCAGUGCCCGUCCAAUGACUAUAAAAAGUCUGCAUGCAUAAAAAAAUGACAAUAAAGUUCAUUUACUCACCUACAGGUA